UUUAUCUUCGUCUGUUGCGUGCUUGUUCAGCUGUUUUAGCUUACAAUGGGCGUUUGAGUAUCUUCAUCAAGUGUAAGUAUGUCAUCCGAAUCGCCGUCAAAGCCAUCAACUCCACGACAGAGAGGUUCUCGAAAGCGCUCACGUCGUGGAGUAGGUGACAUGUCAUCUCCGGGUGAAGAAGACGGAGAUUUCGAGCCUGGGGUGAGCCCUAGGGGCUCCAAGCAGUGGAAGGAAAGUGGCUCUGGACUGCGCAGGUCUCAUAGACAAGCAGUAGUGAGGUUGCCAUUUAGCACUCCAUCAAAAUCAACUGUCACGACUGUUGGAACACAACUGAGACAUCUUCUCUCAUUACCCAAAGCAUAUCGUUGGUGCUGCUGUGAAUGGUUUUACUCAGAUAUUGACAGGGCCAUUCUGGGUGGUGACAAUGAUUUUUGUAAAUAUCUCCGUGAAGCUUUUCCACCAAUUCGGACUCGUCAACUGACUCGUUGUCAAUGGUCUCAGAUCAGGAGACUAAUGGGCAAACCUCGUCGUUGUUCGUCACAGUUUUUUGCGGAAGAGAGACACACACUGCACAGGCAGCGAGCCAAGAUCAGACUUUUGCAAAGAAGAGAGGUGACUGAUGAAGAAUUAGCUCACUUUAAAGAUGUUCCAGAAGAAAUACCACCUCCUCUGGUGUUGGGAACUACUGUUACAGCUUGGCAGUGGAGUUCUAAUCAUCAUCGCUUGUUGACUGGUCGUGUGGAAGCAGUUGAUCUAACUAAAGGCCAAUAUCACAUCAUAUUUGAUAGACCAGGUGUAGCAUCUGGUUCUGUAUCUGAUAUUGAUAUCAUGAGCACUGAUGAUGUUGAUCUACUUCCAGUCUCGUCUUUUAUUCAACCACAGAGAAGAGCUCUUUCGUGGUUUUCUGUCACAAAUGAAGUCACUCCACCAAGUCACUUUUCGACUCCAUUGGCAAGUCAAAGUGCAUACUGGAGGAACGACCCUCUCAUUGGAGGAUCACCUUCAGGGUCAAAACUGAUGACUUCGGAGACAUUGGGUGGAUUUCCUGUUCGAUUUCUGAGACUUGUGGUGCGUUUAUCAAAAAUCUUAACUGUGAAGAAGGAACAAAUUGAGCGUCUUAGUGAAAUGAAUACUAAAGCUGAAAAACUGCUAUCAUUUGAGGAGUCAUUUUUACCUGAAUUUCAAGCUCAAUAUGCAAGCUCUGUGCUGGAUCUGGAGAGACUGAACAAAAGUUUGAAUAUCUGUUUACAGGAUGUACAAGAGUACAUGCCUCAAGUGUUUGGGCUGGACGGUGUUGCUGAUGGUGCUGGUGCUGCUAUCAACUCUCAGUGUGAUAAAGAAGCAGAACAAAUGGUUGUACAUCUUUCUAAGAAAGACUUGGGGUUUCCUGCUGUGAAGAAUGAUCGUCUAAAACAACUUGUUAUAGGUCUGACUUCACUACUGUUUCAAGUGCAGAUGUUAUCAGAACAUUCUUCACUACCAUCGCACGAACUUCAAGGGUUAGCCGACUCUAUCACUGACUUGAAACUUAGCAAGAUUGAUCCAACCAACAGGAGGGUUUUUGAAGACCAAGUUGAGGUGCAUAUGGCUCACAUAGAGGCUGGCUUGAGUCAAUUAGGCAAUCUGAAAGCAUUUGAACAUUGCGUGUAGUACAGUACAUCUCUUCAAUUAGAGGCAUGCCAUUGUCACUCACAAUGAUGUGUGGAUUAUGUUUAUUUGUAAAUACUUUGAAGUUGAUAAACCUAAUGGUGGGUUGGUAUCUAAGUUUCAUAUUGUGUUUAAUUAAUGAUAUUUUGGCAACAUACAU